UAUCUUCAUUUCCAUCAGCUUAAGAACAUACCAGAAAGAAAUCCUUUGCAUUCUCACCUCGUCAUGUCUCCCCCUGCUAAUCUACUACUAGCCGACCUUGCAUCAACAGGUGUAAAGCAAAUUCCUACUAGCUACAUCCGCCCCAUCUCCGACCGCCCCAAUCUCUCCGAUGUUCAGAUUUCCGACGUCCCCAUUCCUCUAAUUGACCUUCACGGCCUUAAUGGUCCUAACCAUUCUCUUAUAAUCGAACAAAUUAGCCAAGCUUGCGAAAACGAUGGCUUCUUCCAGGUGAAGAAUCAUGGGAUACCAGAGGAAAUGAUCGGUAACGUCAUGAACAUAGCUAGGCAAUUCUUCCAUUUGCCUGCAAGUGAAAGGUUAAAAAAUUACUCUGAUGAUCCUACUAAGAACACCAGGUUGUCUACAAGCUUUAAUGUUAAGACAGAACAGAUUUCUAGUUGGAGAGAUUUCUUGCGACUUCAUUGUUACCCUCUUGAAGAUUACAUACAUGAAUGGCCUUGCAAUCCCCCAUCAUUCAGGAGAGAUGUGGCUGAAUAUUGUACAAGUAUUAGAGGUCUUGUGUUAAAACUGCUCGAGGCCAUAUCAGAAAGUUUGGGGCUGGAAAGAGACCACAUAGAUAAGAACUUAGGCAAGCAUGGACAGCAUAUGGCUAUGAACUACUAUCCACCGUGUCCACAGCCAGAGCUCACGUAUGGAUUGCCAGGACAUACCGACCCUAAUUUAAUCACCAUUCUUUUGCAAGAUGACGUGCCUGGAUUGCAGGUUCUGAGGAAUGGCAAGUGGAUUGCUGUGAAUCCCAUUCCCAAUACCUUCAUUAUCAACAUUGGUGAUCAAAUGCAGGUACUUAGCAACGACCGUUACAAGAGCGUGCUUCAUCGAGCAGUGGUGAACUGUAACAAAGAGCGAAUAUCUAUACCAACAUUCUACUGUCCUUCGAAAGAUGCUGUCAUAGGCCCCCCUAAAGAGCUAAUUGACGACGAUCAUCCAGCAGUUUACAGAGAUUUUACAUAUGGUGAAUACUAUGAGAGGUUUUGGAAUAGAGGACUCGUUAAAGAAUGCUGCUUAGACUUGUUCAAAGCCUCUACUGAUUCAUGAUGUUUUUUUUAGUCUUUGCAUCUUUUAUGCACUUCGACUUCGACUAAUUUUAUGAGACCUUGAAGUUAACAAUCGAAUAAAUUUCUAGUUGUCCUUAAAGAAA